CUCGCGCACCUGGAAAGACUUUGACGCAGGCCUCCCUUGCUUGCGUGCUUACACGCGCAUAAUAGCGUCAGUUGCUUACAACCCAGCCCGGAUCAGACAGUCAGACACUUUCAAAGAUAGAGAUAAAGGGGAGAGAAAGGAAAGAAAGGGUCUCCACUGGAAACCGGGGCAGCAAGCAAACACUCCGGCUAAGCACAAGGGCCCUGAUCGCGGGCUUGGCUUUGGCGAGCGUGAGACCGACGCGCUGGUGCGUGGUGACCGCUGCCGUACGUCGGCGCGCGUGCCAUGAGCCGGGGCCGCGUCCGGCGGGUAGCUGGCAGCCCCGUCGCCGCCGCCGCCGCCGCCGCGCUGGUGCUCCUGCAGGCGGCCGCCCUGGCACUGUCCCUCGGCUGCGAUGCCGCCGCCGCGGAGCCGGACUACCGGGAGGCGCUGUCCAAGAGCCUGCUCUACUUCGAGGCGCAGCGGUCCGGGCGGCUGCCGUACAACCAGCGGGUGAGGUGGCGCGGGCACUCGGGGAUCACCGACGGGCUGCAGCAGGGCGUGGACCUGGUGGGCGGGUACUACGACGCCGGCGACCACGUCAAGUUCGGCCUGCCCAUGGCCUUCACCGUCACCAUGCUCUCCUGGGGCGCCAUCGAGUUCGGCGACGACAUCGCCGCCGCCGGCGAGUGGCAGCACACGCUGGAGGCCAUCAAGUGGGGCACCGACUACUUCAUCAAGGCGCACACCGAGCCCUUCGUCUACUGGGCCGAGGUGGGGGACGGCGACACGGACCACUACUGCUGGCAGCGGCCGGAGGACAUGACGACGUCGCGGAAGGCGUACCGCGUGGACAAGGACAACCCGGGCUCCGACCUCGUCGCCGAGACCGCCGCGGCGCUCGCCGCCGCCGCCAUCGUCUUCCGCGCCUCCAACCCGCAUUACUCCCACAUCCUCCUCCACCACGCGCAACAGCUGUUCGAGUUCGGGGACAGGUACAGGGGCAACUACGACGGCAGCAUCGCGGAGGUGCGGAGCUUCUACGCGUCGGUGAGCGGGUACCGGGACGAGCUGCUGUGGGCGGCCUUCUGGCUGCACCGCGCCACCGGGAAGGAGGAGUUCCUCCGCUACGCCGUCGACAAGGCCGACUGCUUCGGCGGCGUCGGAUGGGCCAUGACCGAGUUCAGCUGGGACGUCAAGUACGCCGGCCUCCAGGUCCUCGCCUCCAAGCUGCUGCUGGACGGCGAUCCGCAGGGCGAGCGGCACCGGGUGGUGCUGGAGCAGUACAAGGCCAAGGCGGAGCACUACCUGUGCGCGUGCCUGCGCCUGAACAACGGCAGCAACGUGGACCGGAGCCCCGGCGGCAUGCUGUACGUGCGCCAGUGGAACAACCUCCAGUACGCCUCCAGCGCCGCCUUCCUCCUCACCGUCUACUCGCGCUACCUGGCCGGCGCCGGCGCCCGCCUCCGCUGCCCCGACGCGCCGGCGGUCCCGCCGUCCGAGCUCCUGGCCCUGGCGCGCUCGCAGGCCGACUACAUCCUGGGCCGCAACCCGCUGCGGCUGAGCUACAUGGUGGGCUACGGCCCGCGCUUCCCCGCGCAGGUGCACCACCGCGCCGCCUCCAUCGUGUCGCACAAGGCCAACAACCGCUUCAUCGGCUGCAUGCAGGGGUUCGACCACUGGUACGCCAGCAAGCGGCCCAACCCCAACGUGCUCACCGGCGCCAUCGUCGGCGGGCCCAACUGCCGCGACGAGUUCAGGGACGACCGCGCCAACUACGUGCAGACCGAGGCGUGCACAUACAACACGGCGCCCAUGGUCGCCGUCUUCGCCAGGCUGCACAACCUGUCGGCGGCGGAGGAGGAGGAGGGGUGCCGCCCAGGGACGGCGCUGGGGCUCUCGGCGAAUUGUAGAUAAAGGUGGCAUUAGCUUGGGUGGGGCAUUCUUUUUUCUUUCUCGUAUACGGACUUACUUCCAUAUAAGAUCUUUUUUUGAAGUGUUAAUAUGAGAGAGAUUUAUUUAGUGAAAGGAAAGAACAAAGGAUAGAAGUGAAUGAACAAUAAGGAGGAGACCGAUCAGGAUGGUGAAGAUUAGAUACUUGUAUUCUGAAGUUAAUUAGGUGCCUCAGAAAGCAAAUUUAAAGAGCUCUAAACUUUACUGAAA